ACCUAACAAUUUUUUUAUUAUUUAAUCUCUAUACAUAUAACAAUUAACACCACUACAUUUGCAAAUGUGGCGCGGACGCGCAAUGAUGUUUUAUCGGCGGUGUCGGAAAAUAAACGUGGCUACGUUAAAGCUGUCUGGUUCAGCUAUUAGCAAGAUAGCCUGAUACGUCUCUUUAUUUAAUUAUUAAUAAUCGAGAUAAUUAAGGGAGCUGUUAAGCCUUUCAUGGCUGAGAAGCUCGUGUUCCACGUUAAAUAAAUACUACAUGAAAGAGAACUCGAUAUAAUUAUACCGAUUAUACGCGAUCGCACCGUUAAGAGAGGUUAUCUAACCAAUAAACAGAUAGUCCGAAUUAUAAUCAAGUGAAUCGCUAUGUUAUCCAGAGUGACAGUUAAUAUUAUUAGGAGAUCGGUAUACAGCAAUGCGCGCACGCUUUGUUACUCACGAGAUCCUUUACGAUUGGAUCUCUCGUUACGCAAGGAUGCAAGGCCACGCAGUGUACAAAAUCAUUGUAACUUAUAUGUAGCAAAGAGAUUCAAGUCCAGCAGGAAAAAAGCUGCUGAUAAGAAAAAAGACAGGGAUGAAGAUUCUGACGAGGAGAGGGAGGAAGACGACGAGGAAGAAGCCCCUGUAGGUUCGAAAGUGGCCAAAAUAAAAGUAGCUUCCUUACGAGUAGAUACUAUUUGCAAAGUUGGAUUUGGAAUGACUCGCAGUAAAAUCGAGGAGGCAUUUUAUGCGAGCAAGUUUCGCAUAAAUGGAAACAAAGUGUUCAAAAAAUCUAAAGAGGUGGACGUAGGAGAUGAAAUCGAUAUAGUUUUACAUCAAAGCGUGGAUAAUCCUGAGCUGCUAGUUGUAAAUAGAAUUGUGAUAUUAUCAAUGGCUCCUGCAGCCGAUGGUGUACAAAUUAAAUUAUCUAAGGAUAAGAACUUAUUAAUUGAAGAUUACAAAGAUCCCUAUCUAACAUAAUCUGUAUAGCUCAACUUUUUGGUAUCUAAGGAUAAUAAAAUUGUAUGUACUGUACAUAAUAAAGAUAUUAGUAUCACAUCUAAA